AUGUAUGUCAACCAGACUGUUAUCAAAUACUUCAUCAUUAAAGGCAUCUCAGAUGUCUCAGAGUUUAAAAUUACAAUCUUCAUUGUGGUUCUGCUCAUUUAUCUCAUAAUCCUUGCUGGGAACAUGGCCAUUCUUGUACUUAUCUGCUUGGACUCUCAUCUCCACACUCCCAUGUACUUCUUCCUGGCUAACUUGUCCAUCAUAGACAUGUCUUGCACCACCGUCAAUCUGCAUAAGAUCCUUCUAAAUUUCAUUACUGGUGAUAAGACUAUUUCCUUUUUGGGCUGUAUGACGCAGACGUUUAUGUCUGGAUCUUUAACGGUCCAUGAACUGUUUAUACUGACAGCCAUGAGCUUUGAUCGGUAUAUGGCCAUCUGCAACCCGCUGAGUUAUUAUUUGACUAUGAACUACAGAACCUGCGUUCUAUUAUGCUCAUUCUGCUGGUUGUUGGGUUUUAUAUUGGUAAUUCCUCUUGUUGGAAUACUAUCCAGUUUCUCAUGUUAUUCAUCCAUUGAAAUCAAUCACUUCCUCUGUGACAUUGUCCCUUUGAUGAGUCUUACCUGUAGUGAUACCUCUGUUUUGGAUAUCUUGUUUUUUAUAGAAGGUUUAUUUCUUUUCACUAUUGCCCCAUUUCUUUUAACUUUUAUUCCCUACAUCUUCAUAAUAGUCACUAUAAUAAAGAUCCAUUCCGGCACUGGCAGACGUAAAACAUUCUACACAUGUUCUUCACAUCUCACAGUUGUCGUCCUUCUUUAUAUGAUUCUUAUUAGUCAAUAUUUGACACCAAGCAGCUUAGACUCCAAAAAACUGUAUGCUCUGAUUAACACAGCUGCUGUUCCUCUACUAAAUCCACUGAUCUAUAGUCUCAAAAAUAAGGAUGUGAAAAGAGCUUUAAGGCGUAGGUUGCUCUGGUUUACCAAGUUCACAUGA